GUUACGCGCAUCGAGGCGCUUUCUUCAUACGGCGAUGGCUGCGUCGGGGGCGGCGCUCAACUAUCCUUAUAGACCGAUCCACAAGCAGCAGCAAUCUCCACAGCCAUCGCCGCCGCCGCCAUUGCGUCGCGGAAAUCAUGCCAUGCCGAGAGCGUCGAGCUACGAAAGUAUUGUGCAGAAGCAGCCGCCGCGGCCGCCAGUGACGCAGCCGUUCCACGCCCUGACGCGUGAGGAGAUGGGGUGGGAGUCGCUGAAUCAACCCGACGCGUUGCGACCCAACGUGCUCAAGACCAAGGCGCCAAAACCUAGCUUCAAGCUCAACAAGACCCAAAAACGAGAGUGCGGAUGGAAUACUUCGUUUCCAGCCGAGUACGGGCUCGUCAGCCUCGCUUCCGACUUCAAGACAACGCUGUCGUACACGCAGCUCAAGCAAAAGGAACUCCAGCAACAAAAGCAGCUCCUGCGCGCGAGUGCGAGUCAAGUCGCCGAUGCAGACGUGUGGCGCAACCACCACGACUCGACGCUGCAUCACCUGCAGCACACGUUCAACUGCCACCAGCCGCAGCCGGUUUCGGACCCCCAAGACGAGAUUCGAAUCAUAAAGGCCAUCUUGAUUCGGGAAGGACUGGUCACGCGGCUGAAAGGCACCACGCAGAAGCUGCGCAUCGGCGACCACUCGUCCCUCCACCACGGACCCGAGGGCAGCUCUGUCUUGACACUUCUUUUGCUCACGCGCGAGGCGUCGUUGGCAGUGAUCGAGGCCAUCGUGCGGUGGUACCAGACGCUGGCCGUGCCUCGUCCGUACAUUUGGAAUGGCCGGAGCUACGUCCAUCGGAUGCUGGACGAUUUGAAUUUUCUCGGCCAUGUCGACGUGAUGGCGGAAGCGCUGGGCGUCGCCCCUCGCUCGAUGGUCCGCAAUCCAUUCAUGAUGCCAACGUCGAUUGCCGACCGCGAUCUCGAGUCGUUCCGGUGCAUGGUGCACCCGCCCCCGGUGGCGUUGCCAUCCACCACGCUUCCGGUACCCACCAUCCCCGACAGCGCAUUUUCACUUUCGUCAAAGGCCAUUCCGGCCACCGAUUCCGCGAAUCAUGCCACACCGAAACAACCAGCGCCGGCCAUUGCGGUCGCUGACGCCGAUGCGUUUUUGAUUUGGUGCUGUAUCCAUCUCGAAGACGUCCCUGCCGUGAAAGCCCCUGGACCGUCGAAUCAAACGACUGCGGCGCAGACGACAGCGCCGUCGACGCACCAACACGUCCUAGAAUGGCAACAGCGGGCGGAAAUGCAGCUCAAGCUUCUCAGCAUGCCGAUGGAGUCCUCGACCGGAGUCCACGUCAUGGAUUCAUCGCCUCUAAUGAAGCGCAAGGGGCACUUGCCCGCGUUGAGCGCCGCGCCACCGGAGACUCUCCACGAAUUGAUUCAUCAUGUGCAUGGGCCAGCCAACUGCGAGUCAUCGAAACGCGCGGGUUCGUACAUAUGGCCUCCACGACCGCAACGUGUCCCUCGACGGGAUGCUCUUUUUGUUUCCCACGGCGGUGACGCGAAUCCUAUCACGACAGGCUCGCGACUACCCAUCGCCGUGACCACAAAUGCCAAGUACGCCAACGUCAAGCCGCGCGUAAGCGCCGUGCCGAAGCCUCAUCAAGUGAAAACCCCACCAAAGCCAGCAACAAAGCCUGCCAAGCGGCUCCCGGUCAAGCGCAACGCGCACGGGCAGCAGCAGCCUACCAUUCUGACAGUGCAAAGCAUGAGUGUGUCGCAUGUCGAGUUGGAAGCGCUGAGUGCGAUCGAGACGCCGCCACAAGUCGUCGCCCUCAUCGCGGCCACGGUACUUAUCUUGCUGACGCCGGGGGAUUUGGUGCCGAAAGAUGUGAGCUGGAACACGUCUCGCACGAUCCUGUCAAACGGGCGCGAGUUCCUGCGCACGCUGCACGCCAUGUCGACGGGACCGCCGGUCGCCGACUUUAAAUUGCGGGCGCUGACGCCGUUCCUCGCCAACGACAAGUUUCGCCCGCAGUACCUCGCGCCCAUCUCGAAACCCGCCGCUGUGCUAUGUGCAUGGGUCCUCGGCAUGGUACAUCCCGACUCGACACGUUGCACGCUGCAUGACCCGGCCAUGGCCGACGAGCGCGAUCGAUCCGAUCUCGCGGCGUCCUUGGAUGAAGACACAUUGGCGCCGUCCUCAUCUGCUGCUCCUGCUCGUAUCGAGCCCGAAGUCCUUGUCGUUCACGCAUCGACCGACGGAAUCGACGAGCGCAUUCUGUACAGCGGCACGUGGACGUACCGCGGCCUCAAGUACUUCGUCACGUUUUUCCUGGCCGCACCGACCACCCUCCGCUUGAAACUAUUCGAGCCGCAGAGCGCCAUCGAGACGCAAGCCACGAUGACGGCCGGCGAAAUCCAUCAGCUCUUUGGCGACACGGCGACCCAAUAUGUUCAAGGUCCGUCCCUCGCCACCCGCACGACAACUGACGUGCCAGUAGCUUCUGCAUGGAUUGAGCUGUGCCAACUCAUUCUGAACCAGUUGGACCACGUCAUGGCUCCGCAUGAAAUGGAUGGCACUCGGUGUGCCGAUGACGAGGCUGAAUUGUGGGACGCUCUGUCGACUCCUCGGGACGCGUCGCCACUUCGUCCGACGCCCGAGGACGUUCACGGCGCAGCGGUCACGAUUCAAUGUGCCACAAGACAAAAACAAUCGAGGGAGCGCGUGCGCAGGAUGCGGGCGAGUCGAAAAGCUCCACCAUACCGACAAAAGGCGCCGACGCUCUUCAUGACUGGGGCACAACUGCAUAAACUGGAAACUCAACCAAGCAUGACACAAAAACCCAGUCCACCACUUCCCAGUCCAAAGACCCGGACGCAUUCGCUCCAGCACCAUCGAUCGCUGGUCGACAUGCAAGCAAACUACGGCGUCGACGUCGAGCCCGAGUGGAAAGAGAUCGAAGCGCAUGCCGUGCACGGCAUCAAGUCUGCGUCGCGCCGGCGGCUCUCGAACGUCCAAGUGCAUGAUUUGGAAAAGUUACUCCACAGCACAGCCAGCGCUUCGAAUUUAAAGCACGUGGCGCAUCCAAAGCAACAGCACGACGACGCGGCGCUGCACAUUCAAUGCGCCGUGAGGCAGCGCUUGGCUCGACGCAAGGUGCACCACACUCGAUUGGCAACACAGCAAAACGCGGCGGCGGUGCGCAUUCAGUGCGCGGCUCGACAACGAUUCGCCCGCGACAACGUCCGCCGCCUACAGUCGGAGCCAUCCAACCAAGCCGUGACGAUAAGUCAGGACGGCGCCGCGGAUCAUAUUUCAUGCAUGGCACGUCCGCGAAAAGCAUCCCACGUAGUCCAGCACCGGCAGGACGACAUGCAGCAACUCCACGAAGAGCCAUGGCCCCAGGCAUUGAAGCCAGACGAUGCAGCCGUGCGAAUUCAGUGCAUGGCGCGAAAGCGCCGCGCCCAAAAGACUGUUCGCGAACGUCGACAGAGACGCCGUCGUCCCCACCAACGACACACACAGCCCGAGGCGGCUGCGGUGCGAAUUCAGUGCAUGGCACGGCGGUAUACGGCGACGAAAGUCGUCCAGGCACGCCGAGAAACUCAAAGCCAACGAAUAAUGUCGAUUCAGCAACACAACGCGGCACUGCACAUCCAAUGCAUGACGCGGCAGACGCUGGCUCGGAAAAAAGUGAACUUGCGACGUGUUCAAGCGAAUGGCGGUGCCAACGAGUACGUCGAGGCGAUGGAAGCUGUCGUCGACGACAUGUUGGGUCCGUCGAGCGGUCGAAGCGCCACGACCGUGCAAGAGGAGCCAGCGUCGCCUCGAUUCGUUCAACGGCAGGUUGCUAGGGACGCAAGGGCGGCGGCUUCCUCCUUUGAGCCUGCCAUGGAAGCGCAUACCACGUCUCAAGAUAUGGGAAAUGUCAGGACGAGGGCCAGCUCGAACGAAGAGGUUCCGUCAACUCAUGCAGCUCCAAUGGCGCCUUUGACCGAAGUUGUCGGAAUUCUGCCACUGAACGACCCCAAGCCGGCUGUCCACGGCGAGCCACACGUUUUCAGUGGGGCAUUCCAGCCUUCCCUUGAUGAACAAACGAGUGCUUCCUUUCCUCGUGGCGCCAGGGACAAGCCAUCGAAUGGUCUUGCAGCGCCGGCUAUCGGAGAAGUGGACAAUAUGCCCACGGACAUCCGGCACGACUCAAAAGAUGCAGCGUCCACAUCAGAGGUCACGCCGCCCUCCAUUGAAUUUCCCGCGCCAAACGAUUUGGAGCCGAGCACUGCUACCUCUGCGCACGUGCGACUUGUGGGUGCUGUCCAUGAAGUCGACGAUGCGAAUGUUUGGAUCCUCGACGGCGCACCCUCUCCACUGUUGCGAGCGGAAGCGGUCACAAGCAAGCCCGACACGGAGUUCGGCCGUGAAAUAAAUGGCAUCGGCGCCGACGACAUUGCGACGACGCCUGCGAUCGAAGCACCGACCGGGUCUAUUUGCGCCAUCGAUCCAACAUCCACCAAAGCAAAGGUGGUCGACGGCGCGCUGACGGCAAUCCCCGAACGCGCGGCGCCAGAUCCAUCGGCUACCGGCGUACCAACCACCGUGCUUUCAAAGUCCACGGACAUCACGUUCGACAUGGCAUCCAUUGUGGACGUCCACGCGGCACGGAACGACCUGCGCUGCUUGGAUAUCUCGAUUGCAUCAAAGUCAGAUCCGGAGGAACUUUCGCCUUUACAGGCACAACGUGCCGCGCCCAUGCAAGCCAGCUUGGAACCGAUCCACCAUGAGGCCGCUGCCUUGGACGACGGGCAAUGUGUCAACAGUCGCAGCCACAGAUCCGACGAACCCAUGGCAGAAAACAUUGGCGGUGCCGGUCGCGCGCAAGAUAGACCCGUGGAACCAACCACCGUUCCGCCUUUGCACGGCGUUGAAGCAAUCGUUUUCCCAGUGCGAGUUGGCUCCAUCGUCCACGCUUCCCCAUCGACUGACGAGAGCCCGAUCACUCCACCCGAUCCUACCUACGCCAACGAGUUUGACGACGGGUUUGUGCUGAACAGCGGCCGAUCGAGUGAGCCAGACCCCACAGUGCACGUGCCCGUGGUUCCAACCCCGGACGCGGCCGUGGCGUUGCAGCACCAGUUCAACGCGUCGAGGCCGGAGACUUCCGCCAUGUACUUGGAAGACGAGUUUGAGGACGAGUAA